AUGACCAUCUCAAUAGCAAACCCGAACCUACCACCGCCACCCACAGGCAAGUAUACUGCAAAGUCACACUGCCGCCGUGUAGCGAAAUGGAUCGCCGACAAUGGCGGCCCAUCAUCAGGAAUUGUCUAUGUGGAAGGUCAGAGUAUGAAGAUGACAGAAGCACGCAAAGUGAAACUCGGGCUCCCUCCGCAACUAACAACAACUGAAAGACAACGACGGCACUUCUACUACCUCACAGGCUGCGACCUACCCGACUGCUUCUUUGCCUACGACAUCGCCGCCGACAAGUCAACAUUAUGGAUCCCACCCGUCGACCCAGAAUAUGUAAUGUGGGCUGGCAUGCCACUGCUGAAAGAAGAAGCACUGGAGCGCUACGACGUAGACGAGGUCCUUACGAGCGACGAGCUCCAGUCUGGAAAGUCCCUGCUUAAUAUGCUGUCUAAGCAAGAGACCAUCAUCAUGGUCAUCAAAGAUCGAGCAGAUCUCGCCAUCUUCCAUGCCGACGAAGUCCAAAAGCAAAAGCCAAAGAUCGACUAUGACUGGACUCGCAAAGCAAUCGAGGCUUGUAGAGUGGUCAAAGACGACCACGAGAUUGCCAUGAUCCGCCACGCUAACGUUGUGUCUUCCUAUGCCCACGAACAAAUUCUGGCUGCCGUGAAGCAUGCCAAGAAUGAGCGUGAGCUCAAUGCAGUAUUCGUCAUGCAUUGUCAUGCCAAUGGCUGCCGCGAACAGGCUUAUGGGUGUAUAUGUGCUUCGGGAACGAACGCCAGCACUUUGCACUACGUCCACAAUGAUAUGCCGUUGCAAGGAAGGUUGAACUUACUCAUCGACGCUGGUUGCGAGUAUAAUUGCUACUGCUCGGACAUCACGCGCACUUUCCCUCUGGACGGCAAGUUCACCAAAGAGAGCCGCGAAGUCUACGAUCUCGUCCUGCAUAUGCAGACCGAGUGUAUGAAGCUGAUUCGUGCUGGUGUAUUGUGGGAGGAUGUACACAUGAGAGCUCACACACUUGCUGCGGAGGGACUGCGUGAAUUGGGCAUCAUCGAGAAGAAACUCAGCACUUCAGAAAUUCUCGACAGUCACGUCACCACACGCUUCUUCCCACACGGUCUUGGCCACUAUCUUGGUAUGGAUACGCACGACGUUGGUGGCAAUGCCAACUACGAGGAUCCCAACCCAUUCUUCGCAUAUCUCCGUAUCCGCGGCAAGCUCCCAGCUGGUGCUGUCGUGACAAACGAGCCGGGCAUCUACUUUCGUCAGUAUCCAAUGGAGCAGGAGCUGAAAGAUGGCAAAUGGGAUGGCAUAGUUGACCAGGACGUGCUCAAGCGGUAUUGGGAUGUUGGUGGCGUGAGGAUUGAGGAUGAUAUUCUGGUGAAGGAGGAUGGAUGCGAGAACCUGACUACCGUGAAGAGUGAUUGGCAUUACAUCGAGUCAGCGGUGUCUAAGGGUAAUAUGGCGUAG